AUCAACUUUCAAGGGGCAGAAACUUUUAAAAGGAAGAGGCAAUCAUUCAUUCUUAAUGUGCCUAAAAAGGCCGUAUGACCAAACCUUGACUCUGCGGCUCUGCGCUCUAUAUAUUAUUCCAUAACACACACCCACUUAAGACUAUUACUCCAGUGCACUUAAAACAAACACAACAAAGAAAAAAACCAUGUCCCCUUCCAUGUUUCCUCCUCAGCUCUACCAAGAACUAAACAACCUCCAAUCUUCAAGAAGGUUGCUACAACACUACCCUCCUUACCAAACUCCACCAGCAACCACUACAUACAACCCAGUGGGCCCCACCGACCCUUAUAGGGGCACCAAUAGCUUUGAUGUCAAUGUAGUGAUGAUCUUAUCAGUACUCUUAUGUGCCUUAAUUUGUUCACUUGGGUUGAAUUCUAUAGUCAAGUGUGCCCUAAGAUGUUCAACUUCACCAGAAUCUGACAAUGAAGGCAGAAAUACAUCUGCUGUUUCAAAUUCAGAUAACACAGGCAUCAAGAAAAAAGCUUUAAAGACUUUUACUGUAGUUAAUUACUCACCCAAGCUGAACCUCCCUAGUCUUGGUACGGAGUGUGUUAUUUGCCUGUCUGAGUUUGCAGCAGGAGACAAAUUGAGACUCCUACCCAAAUGCCACCAUGGCUUUCACAUCCGGUGUAUUGACAAAUGGCUCAACACUCACUCUUCAUGUCCCACCUGCAGGCACUGCUUGAUCGAGACAUGUCAGAAAAUCAUGGGUUGUGAUCAGGCUAGCUCGUCGCAGCCAGAACCACAGUCACUUCCUCCGCAGACAGUUGUUGUAAACAUGGGACCAUUAGAACGGGAAGAUGUGGUAAAUUAUAGGACUAGCUAGCUAAUUGAUAGUACUUGGGACUAAUAACCCUGGGGUGUCCAAACUGUAAAUUGUGCAUUUGCAAGCUUAUGCCCAAAGGAGGCAGAGUACCAAAAAUCACAAGCGAAAUGUAUAUUUUUGUACAGAUAGGAAUUAUUGUUAAUUUGCAUUAGUACUUGUUUUUUCGUUAAUACACUGUUUUCAAAAACAAUGUUAGAGGAAAGCCACUUUAGACAGUUUGAUCCUCACUCAUUGACAAGUUAAAUUAACAUCCAGGAAUCACAUAUUCUACCUCAUUGUUAUAGGACAAAUAAGAAAGCUCACCCAAAAGACUAGUUAAGUAGAUGAGAGCUCAUUUGCCUAUAAACCUCACACCAAUUGCACAUUUUCAUACACAACCGAUAUCAAACAAGUUUCAUACCUUAAAAUGGACCAUAAAAUCGACCCCCCAUAAGGCCAACAUCUUUGUUGGGUCACGGCUGCUUAGGUUAGGUUACGGCUAGCUCUUCUAGGCUACCCACUCUUAGUCUAACUCUAAUACCAUUGUUAUAGGACAAACAUAAGAGCUAAUCAAAAAGACUAGUCUAGUAGAUGAAAAAGCUUAUUGCAUAUAAACCUCACAUUAAUUGCAUACAAAACCAACGUAGUACAAGUGACAUACCUUGCACUGGACCAUAACACUCAUGUCAACAUUACACCAAUUGCAUUAGCACUUUUUUUUUUUUUAAUUAAACCACUUUUUUAUAACAAUGUCAACAUUACACCCAUUGCACUACUACUUGUUUUUAAUAUUAAUACACUGUUUAUAACAAUGUCUAGUAUCAAUUCUUAACUACUAGAACAAUUUAAGGAGCG